UUUGAUUAAAUACCUAUGAAUUUUUCAAAAAAGUUAAAUCUACAGAAGAGUAAGUUGUGUAAACAUUAAUAACACCCCUAACAUUAUUGCAAAGAUGUGUGACGAGUAUGAACUGUUUGAGUUUUUGGAAAGUGAUUUCAACGAAUCCAGAAUGGCAAAUAAAAAGAAACGUUUAAGGAACAGAGAAAAUAAUGAUCCUUUUGACUUAGAUGAAAAUGCUUUCAUCAAGGAGUACAGGUUAACCGCAGACUUGGUGCACAAACUUUGUGAAGAGCUGGAGCCAAUAAUGGCAAAAAGCUCUAAAAGAGCAACUGAUUUAAGCAUAGAAGCAAAGAUUUGUGAUGCGGAUCAACAAAUUCUAAGUGUUGAUGCGAGUCAUCCAGGGUCAUUUCAUGACUCAUUUAUAUGGAGCCACCAUCCUGUACGUUACCAUUUGGAAAAUUUAGGGUCUGAAGCAACAUGGCUUUUAGGUGACUCUGGGUACUCACAACGAAGAACGAUGAUGACACCUAUUUUGGAUGCAGAACCGUCUGGUUAUAUGUGCUUCCGGUGUGUCUACACCGGAAGCAUAUUAUACACAAAAACAUGUAAAGGCUAG